CUCCCUGCAUACUAGCAGGUAUAAGCUCCCUCUCUGCGCGCGAGCUCCCUUUCCCACCACCAUCUGCAACCUCACCCAGCCGGCACCAUGGCCGACAAACUUCGUGCAACGCAACAACUCGAGCAGCUCCAGGCGCGGUACAUGGGAACUGGGCACGCCGACACCACAAAAUACGAGUGGAUAUCGAACGUUCACCGCGACACAUAUGCUUCCUACGUAGGACACCCGCCGCUGCUGGAGUACAUGGCGAUCGGAAGCGGAGUCCCGAUGGCGAAGCUUAGGUCCAGGUUCAUAGAGAAGAUGGUGCAGCCUGUGGGGAAGCCGCCGGAGAAGGAGGAUUAGGACGGCAUGGGCAGGAGGGGACGAAACUGGAGUGGCGCUGUGCAGAGUCGCGUGUUUCUGAGACGGCGGAUGAACUUGAUCUGAGAUAUUCGUGGCAAACGUUCUACCUAUCAUAUAGUGCUCCGAGUAGCCCCCGUGACCUGAGCUCCGCUUCGAACCGUGAAUCCUCGUGAAAU